GUGCUCCUCCUCGCUCAUUUCUUCUCGCCACUGAGCGCCUCCGUUUCUCGUUUCCUUCUUCUCUCCCUUCGACUCUUCCGCCCUUCGUUUCACCAGUUCACGUUUCUCUCGAACGCGCGAAAAUCACUCUCUCUCUCUCUCGUUCUCUCUUCUUGCCAGAUUACGAAUCGGCCAUUUCACAGGACGAAAGUUCAUUUGAAUGUCGCGUGGGGCGGUUUCGCCUUGCUGAAUCCUCGUCGCACCUGUCGAAAAAGAAAGAGUUACUCCAAUCAGCAUCGAUAUAUAUCAGUCGUUGCCACGAAUUGGGUCCAUCUACUAUUUCGGCACGUAAAAUAGAGCAAGAAGAUUCGUUAGGAAGAGGGAAAAAUUGAGUGGACGAAGGAGAAGAAAAGGAGAAAGAAACGGUGAGCGCGAUAAGCGUCACGCGGAGAUCGGAGAAAAGGCAGUCGUCCGCGGGAUUUCGGCGAGCGAGGGAAAGGGAUUACCACACGCGCGCGGCGGGUGGAGCGAGAGGAACAGACGCACCGAGAGAAAGAGAAAGGAGACGAAGAAGAAGAAGAAGAAGAAGAAGAAAAAAAAAACGAGUGAUCGUAGUAACACCGGCGCGUCUCCUCUCGCGGCUUCGUGCUUGUCUCGGAAUUAGUGAGUAGACAGAAUUAUGUCCGUGAGCAGACCAGCUCGGCUCAGUUGAGACUUACUGCUCAGCCCGUGCACACGCAUGCCACGAAUCUUUCCUACUUACAUAUAUACCGGCGGCUUCCUGAUGCGAUUAGACUAGUCCGCGAUCACCCGCCACUCCGUAUCACGGACCAGUUUGUUUAACACUUCAUCGUAACGCGGACACACGCCCGCCCAGCGUCUUCCGUCAAUCGUUCGCGCGAUCCGUUUCUCUGGGUCACUCGCUUCAACGUGAACAGCCACGCGGUUUUUAGCUACGGCAAUAGCUAACCAAGAGGGUUGUGAUAUUCCCUCGGGCGACGAAAAUGAGGAAUUCCGUCGAGCGAUAACAGUGACUGCACGAGCAGUUUGCAUGUCUCUGACGAGGUAGUAGUUUUUUUUUUUUUUGUUAUCUUCGAGCGAUUCUGACGGAGACAAGGGACAGAACAAGUGAGAAUUUCCCCGUCUGAAAAAAGAAGUUUUCUGAGUCAUGGAGUUCUUCGGAUUCUUCGUACUGCUGUUGGUUGUUUUGACUGCGAACAGUGUCUCGGCCCACCAUCAUCAUCGCGAUGUCCACGCGGAUGACAAGAAAAAGGGAGAUCCGGUGGACCAAAUAAAAAGAUACGCGCCGAGUGAGAACGAGAACGUGGUGCUCGCCGUAGGUGAGAAGAACAGGAGAAGCCCGAAGGGCGAGGAAACGAAGAGCGGCGUACCUUUCAGCGAGAGGAGGUUGGAGAAGAUGCUGGAGAAGGCGAUUCUAAAAAUAAUCACCGGCGAUUUGAGCACCGGUGACAUGUUGCUGUUGAAAAGUUUGAAUUACAGUCUGGAGGAGGUUCUGGCGAUUCGCGAGAGGGAGCUGAGUAAAAGGAAGGACGAGGAAUUGAGGAAAAAGGAGACUGUCAAGCCCUGGGCGAAAGUGUUGUACGAAGAUGGAGAGAAGAAGAGUAGAAAUUGGAGUAAAAAGUCCGUGGAUCGUCCCGCGUCGAAGAAUCCCGAUUUCGAGAACGUCAAACGGGAAGGUAAAAAGAAUCGUCACGUGGACAAAUCGCCGUCUUACAAGGACUUCGACUUCGAAGCGUAUAAUAAACAAGCGAUCCUCGAUUACGAGAACUUGCCCUCCAAUAUGGAGUUUCAACAGCCCUGGUCGGAACCAACGGCUGUUGACUACGAAGAGGCUACCGAGACAUCCGAGGAACAGGAUGCCGCGAAUAAUCUCCAUCGUGACUUUGACAAAGCUAUGGAGCCUCACGUGGUCUUCAAGAUCCGAUACGACGACUCUGAGUUUGACUCUAGCUCAGGUUCCGACGAAAGCAACAAAAAUCGCCUUAGAACGUUCAAGCAUCACGCAUCUUCGACGAUACGGCACACGACUUCGAAGAAUGCUGGCAAUUCCUUUCAUGCGUCGACACCGUUACCGAUGUCUUCAACUACUGCUGCUACUGUUCCUGUGGUUUACCAAUUGAGCAACACCAAUGCAAGGGGUAACUAUCUAAACAAUGAUUAUUCUACAGCAACGUAUUCAACAACAUCGACUGGUACCACCGCUGUUACGGAGAGUACCGUUGUUGUAUCAGACGAAAUGUCGGAAGAUAAAAAUGACACAGAUAUCGCUGGCGUUACGAAUACUAAAAUGGAGGUUUCAAAAAGUGGAGAGAAACUCAGUGAGAAUAAGAGAAUCAGUGAAUACGAGGGACUCGAAUGGGUCGAAGACGACGUUUACAGGGUAAUCCCUGAAUUUGUGGAUUCCCUUGGCUUCGAGAACACCGAGGAGAACGAGACGUCGGACUAUGAAGACUCCAGUCACGAUUCCCGACUAAAUUGGAACAUUGAAGAAAACGAGAAUGACACGUCGGGCUACCUAAAUGACACUCCCGAUUCUGUCAAGCUUUUCGUGGCGAACAAUAACGUGUCCUCUGGUAGCCUUCCAUUGGCCAAUUUGUCGUCCUACCUGCAACUAGCCAUUGCUCAUAGACGAGGAGGAAACCUAACCUCAAACUUCGACAGUCAGGGUGAAAAAGCCAUCGAGGAUAUCAAGACGCGGGUUCUGGCCCUCACCGGAAGAUUUAACCUCAGCACCGACGCCAAUCAGGUUCAACGCGAGCGGCUCACUAUGUUUUCACCAACUUGUCAAAUUCCACGAAAUACGGAUCAGGACGCCUGGACGGACGCGUUCUCCAUGAAUAUGCAUUUUCAAUUGAACCUGACUUCUAGCGAUCACGUGGUCGCUGCUAAAUUACGAAUAUUCAAAUUACCGCAGGAAAAUGUGACGUCCACUUCGGAAAGCACGUUCGACGAGGAAGAGGAAGACGAGAAAAAGAUUAGGAUAUCAGUCUACUAUUACACGAAAACCUUGAAGAGGCACCGAGCGAAGAAACGUUUAAUGGACUCGGUGGUGACACCUCUUACAUCCAGAGGUACCCAUUUGGCGUUGGAUGUGAGACAGGGUCUUCGAUUCUGGAGACUGAAUCCGCGGAACCCUCAUGGAAACGGAAGUAACCACGGUCUGGUGAUACAGGUUGAAGAUCAGGACGGCAGGCCGCUGAAACCGGCUCUAUAUAUUCAGCAACCGUCUUGCGUGGAUCAGGACUCAGAACAGAAGGCAUACCAGCGAGUACCUGCACUCUUCGUACGAGCCUGUACUCGUUACGUUCGCAUCGUAAAUGGAAAAAUGGAGACGUACGUCAAUUGCAGGCAUUAGAGUAAAAGAAAAGAAUAGUUAUAUACCGUGAGAAAGUAGACAAUCAUUCAUAUCGCACUUUACUCUUCGAGGCGAGCAUUUUUGCGAAGACUACUGAACAACACUGACCCUUUAAACGCGCACAAGUGUGAAAUAUAUUUUUAUAGAAAGAAUAUAUUGUCACCGAGACGCGACUAUGCCUAGGUCAAUCAUAGCUAUUUUGUAAAUUCGUUAAGGAAAAUGGAAAAAUCGAUGUAUAAUCGAGUGCGUUGAAUUCACUAACGUGUUGAGCAAAAAUUUCAAUAUUUUUUAUACAAAAAUCAUAUUGACGAUGUUCUAGAAAUCUCGAUUUUAAGUGCGUGUAUUUAAAGUGCGUUACAUGAAAAUGAUAGACACGCCCUCGCCAGUCUUAAUUAAUUUUGUGAAAGUGACAGAGCGAAAAAAAGGCGCAAAAGUUACUAUCAGUAAGCGUGUAUGAACAGUAAAAGUUCUUUCAUAGACUGUUUUUUAAUUUAACUUAAAGACGGGGUGCCGUGUUAUUUAAGUGCAGUAGCGGUAAGUUGUAUUUUAUUGUUUUUCUUUUUUUAUUGUUUCUGGUAGUAAUGCGUUCAGGCCGUGGCUUCUAUGCGAAAAUACAGCGAAACACGUGCCAUUUUCCGGAUAACGUUAGUUAAAUUUUAGCACGAUUUAAUAGAUGUACAUAUCGAAUCAGUAGAUUGAUUAAUAUUAAUUAGAUUAUCGACUAGAUUUCUUGACCUGCAUGCGUACGUGUGUACAAAGUAGUACAUAUGUAUACACGUCAUGCCCACGACUGAUGCAACCAAAUGUAAGAGCUUAGAGAUAGAUAUUUAUGUUUUAAGUUAAUGAAGCAGCACAAAACCGCGAUGAAUUUCUAUUACCCUACAGUUCUAUGGUAGGUAGGACCAUAAAUAGAACACAUUACAUAUUGGUACGAGCAUUAAGUACUUCACUAUGUUUCUCUCAGAUUCUAAUGGUCCUCCGAAAAGAUUAUGUUACUUAUUAUCGUAUUCUGUUGCUGUUUAGCAAAGAAGGCAAUAUGUUCUCACGAAUCUUACACAAUUCCUGUAUAUAAUGUAUAUUUAAUUGCCUGGUUGUGCAAAAAUAAAUGGUUUGACAU